UUAGUUAUCCAACUCUGACUACCAAAAAACGCGGUAAUUGUUAUUUCUCUGUCAUUCCGUUAAUUAUAAUUUUAUAAAACACAAAUUAUUAAUUAAAAAAAUAGAAAAGAAAAAUGCUUAAAGUUGUUAAACGUAUUCGUGGGCAAGAUUUAGCCCAAAACAUUGGCGAGGAAGUGAUUCUUUUGGGUAAAGUUGGAAUGGUGAGUCCUAAUGGUAAAUCUAUUGAACUUGUGACAUUAGACGAUGUUAAAGUUAAUAUAUCAUUACCAGAACCAUUCAAUGGUAAUUCUCAAUGUUAUUUAGAAAUCCAUGGUAAUGUUCAGUCCAAAACAACAGUAUUGUGUAAUUCUUUGUUCACAUUUCUUGCUGAAGACAAUCUAAAUGUUGUGAAGGAAAACUACAAUGAAAUGUUAUUAAUCGGAAAUUUGCUUGGCGAUAAAAAAUGGACAUUCGGUGACAACCCAUCGUUUUAGAUAAAACAAAAAAAAGAUUUUAAAUAUAAUAAAUUAUUUUUUUUAAUGAAAACAUGUAGAUGUAAGUCUUUAAAUAUUUAAAUAAACAAUUUUCUUUAAAAA